AAAGCGAAAUUUCAGUUUCAGUUUUGUGUAUAACGUACGCGUAUAAAGACGUAUUAAAUUAAAUAACGCUCUUCCAACAAUCGUCUCAAGUGAAGACUUUAUAAAGAAAAGUAUCGAACCAAAUUGUACUUAAUAAACGGAUAUAAGAUCAACUGAUCAGAAACUUUCUCAGCACUACCAAGGAAUUGAGCAAAGCAUUUCAAAAUGUCUCACUCAGUGACAAUCACCAGAACGACCACCAGCACCACGAGCACAUCCUAUAUUGUGCUUAAUACUGGAUACUUGAAGACAUUUCCGGGAUUAUUGAAACUUUUCGAGCUGCUUAUUGGAGCCGCCAUAGUUGGCAUCUUCAGCUAUUACUUCAACAGAACCGGUACGUCGAAUGAAAUCUUCAUGUUCCUCAUGGCUACAACAUUCUUGAUAGGAACAUUUUGCCUAUUGUUAGCAUGUUUAACGUCGCUUAGUACGGGUGGUAUCAUAUCCAAAACCAUCUAUGAACUCAUUUAUCAUAGCGUUGCGGCCAUUUUGCUGCUCAUCGCCUCAGUGCUCCUCGUAAUAGAAUUGAACGACAGACAUUUUAGGUACGGUAAGCAGUACGAAACUUACAUGGCUGCCGGCAUUAUGGGUCUCGUCAACGCGGUUCUCUACUUUAUCAGCGCGUUCUUGGCUCACCGAUCAUAUCGUGGCAUCUAAUCUCGCCGAGCUGACCACAAGAAACUGAACUUCCCCUAUGUGGUGACGUUUCCAAAGGUGUUCAUUGCAGGAAAUCGUCUUUUAUGAUGGUAAAUUAAGUUAAAAUAAUUUUGUAGUUGUAUUUAAGUUCUAAGUAAAAAACACAACUUGGAAAAAAUUAGCAUUUUUAUAGCCAUACGCAGUCUGUGCUAAAGUGAAAAGCGAUUGAAUUCGAAAAACCAAAUACACAUACACGAACAUAUUAACUAACUAUACACAUU